AUGACCACAUCCACUUCCUCCACACCAUCUGCCCUCCAGGAUACCAUCGACGCCGACGAAGGGUUCGAAGACGACAGCCUCUUCCCAGAAGACACAAACAACGAUAACGACCAAGACCCGGCACACUCUCUGAGCGAACGCCCUCACACUCCUGCAAACGACCACCUCAACGCAGCCGCACCGGGUGAACUGUCCCCGCCACGGUCGCAGAGGCAGAGCCAAACUGAAACCCUCCAGCAACCCAUAUCACAAGCAAUGUCAAACGGCACGGCUAAUCGCAGCUCGGCGAGGGUCGCAGCGAUGCAGACAAAAGCUGAAGCAGAAGGAGAAGGCCAAGGGCCGGCGACAGCCUCCGCAGCGGAUGACCGAGAAGGCCGGGGCAAACCUGGUUGGACAUGGCGCAACAAGAAGGCACAGGAAGAGAGGCAGCGUGCAUGGGACAACAUUGUCGAUCGGGAUUUCAGUCUCAAGGAGUUUGGAGACGUCAUGUUACAGGGCAAGCCACAAGCAUCUGGAUUGCGGUGA